CAGUGUGCCUCAUUUUAUCACUGGUAAGUUUCUCAAAGCAAGAAUGCCUUUCAAAAUAAAUACUUGAGGAGUACUCUGGCUACGUGGACCUGUAAGUCACAAAUACUUCGAGGUGUCGGUCUCUUUUUCAGUCUCUCCGCCGCCUUAGGUCGCUGCCAAGCACUGACGGGUCCAGACGCCCCGGCCCGGCCCGGCCCGGCCAGCGCGGCUCCGGCGGCAGCGGCAGCGCCCCUCCGGGCCCCGCUCCGGCCGCUUCCCGGAAGCUCCGAGGGGCGGCGGCCCCCGGGGGCAGGGCCGGGGCGCGGGCGGGGCAGUUCGGCCCGGCCCGCCGCGGGGGCAGUGCCGCCGUGCCCCGCCGGCCCCCGGGAGCCGCUGCCGUUCCGUCCCGUACUGUCCGAAGGUGUUUUGGAGCCUUAGAGAAGCCAGUGUGUCCCCUCUCCCUUGAAGGCCGUGGAAGAUGGGCUUCCUGGGCAAGCUGGCGGCGCUGCCAAAACUUAGCGGCGCGGUGGCGGGCCGGGGCGGCGGUGCCUGGCGGCGGCCGGCCCGGCCCUGUGCGGGCGUCCCGCUGCCGCUCCCGGCCCGGGCCACCGCCGCCCCCCACCCGCCGCCCGGCGGCCGCGCCGCCUCCUCCCGGGCGCUGGGCAAGUACGAGGAAGUUUUUCGGUCCUGCCUGGCGGAGCCCGAGAAGGUCUGGGGGGAAGUCGCCGAGCAGAUCCAGUGGUACAAGCCCUGGGUCCGGACCCUGGAGAGGGGCAGCCUGGGGAGCGCCUCCUGGUUUGUCGGUGGAGAGCUGAAUAUCUGUUACAACGCUGUAGAUCGUCAUGUUGAAAAUGGACGAGGAGACCAAAUUGCCAUUAUUUAUGACAGUCCUGUAACAAAUACCAAAGAGAAAAUAACAUAUAAGGAGCUUUUGGAACAGAGCAUUGCCAAACCAAGUGGAAGAACUGGUUUAAGUUUUCUGGGAAGAUGCCACAUUGCCAUGCCACAGCAAGCAGGUUGGGAAAACUUCACAGUGCUUGUCACAGGCUCCCAUGCUCACUAUAAUCCAACUUACUAUGUGGUCUCCAAGUUAGCUGAUGUCAUGAUCAGACAUGGUGUGAAGAAAGGAGAUCGUGUGGUCAUCUACAUGCCCAUGAUUCCACAGACAGUGUACUGUAUGCUGGCUUGUGCGAGAAUAGGAGCCAUCCAUAGCCUGAUUUUUGGUGGAUUUGCAUCUAAAGAGCUUUCAGUUCGCAUUGAUCAUGCAAAGCCCAAACUUAUUGUAACAGCAAGUUUUGGAGUAGAACCAAAAAGGAAAGUGGAAUACAUAUCUCUCCUAGAAGCAGCACUGGCAAGGGUACAGAGCAAACCUGAUAAAGUUCUCAUUUACCAGCGACCUAAUUUGGGCCAUGUUCCUCUUACCAAAGGUCGUGAUCUUGACUGGGAAGAAGAGCUUGCAAAAGCCCAGUGUUCAAAAUGUGUCUCUGUUCCCUCAGACCACCCACUUUAUAUUCUGUAUACAUCUGGAACAACAGGUUUGCCCAAGGGUGUUGUGAGACCAACUGGUGGCUAUGCAGUUAUGCUGAACUGGACCAUGUCAGCUGUAUAUGGCCUCAAACCUGGUGAGGUAUGGUGGGCAGCUUCUGAUUUAGGCUGGGUUGUUGGUCAUUCCUACAUUUGCUAUGGUCCUCUCCUUCAUGGGAAUACUACAGUUUUGUAUGAGGGGAAGCCUGUGGGAACACCAGAUGCUGGUGCCUAUUUCCGUGUGCUAGCAGAGCAUGAAGUAGCUGCCUUCUUUACUUCACCAACUGCAAUUAGAGCAAUCCGUCAGCAGGACCCUGAGGCAGCCUUGGGAAAGCAGUACUCACUGAAAAGGUUCAGAAUGAUGUUUGUAGCUGGUGAGCACUGUGAUGUGGACACGCUAGAAUGGUCAAAAAGAGUCUUCAAGGUACCUGUCUUGGACCAUUGGUGGCAAACUGAAUCUGGUUCUGCAAUUACGGCUUCCUGCAUUGGUUUGGGGAACUCUACAACACCUCCACCUGGACAGGCAGGAAAACCAGUGCCAGGAUAUAAUGUCAUGAUUCUGGAUGAAAAUAAGAAACCAGUGAAGGCAAAGACUUUGGGAAAUAUUGUGGUAAAGUUGCCUUUGCCUCCUGGAGCUUUUUCAGGUCUUUGGGAAAAUCAAGAAACAUUUCAGAAGUUAUAUUUCCAAAAGUUUCCAGGAUAUUAUGAUACUAUGGAUGCAGGUUAUAUGGAUGAAGAUGGCUAUCUGUAUGUCCUGUCUCGAGCUGAUGAUGUGAUCAAUGUUGCCGGACACAGAAUUUCUGCAGGUGCAAUUGAAGAGUGUAUUCUCUUCCAUCCCGCUGUGGCAGACUGUGCUGUUGUGGGCCAGGAGGAUCCUUUAAAAGGACAUGUUCCAUUUGCACUGUGUGUACUGAAACAAGGUAUAAAGACACAAGAGAGUAAGAUUUUGCAAGAGAUUGUUGAGCGAGUUCGGACCAACAUCGGUCCAGUAGCAGCUUUCCAGAAGGGGAUGUUUGUGACACAGCUACCAAAAACACGCUCUGGCAAGAUCCCACGUUCUGCUCUUUCUGCACUCGUCAGUGGAAAGCCAUACAAGAUAACACCAACCAUUGAAGAUGCUAGUGUGUUUAAACACAUUGAAGAAUUGCUAAAGAAAAAUUAAAUGGGAUAAUACAUGACAACGAGCAUUUCAGUUAUUCAAGUAUACAAAGAAGCUUUUUUUUUUGUUAAUAACACAUUUUAAAAACAAGCAAUGAUUUGGGACUAAAUGUUUUUACUGCAGAAACAUUACUGUGUUCUUUACCAUCUUGCCACAACCACUGACACACAGUAAAGUCUCUGCAUGAUGUCAAUAUAUUCUGGUUAUUAAGAUGGCUAAGAAUUGCAAAUAGAAUUCAUACAUUGCUGUAGUCUUAAAGGGAAGGAGUCAUUGGAUUGUCCAUCUUAGAUGGUGUCAUGUAGCCUUACAUUUCAAUCUGUUAUUUUAUAAUGUGACCAGUAACUUCUGUUUGGCUAAAGCAGUUUACAAAAGGUAAACCAUGAACAGAGGACAACAAAAAAGGAAUUUGAUUGUGAAAAUUUUUGCAGACAUAAAUUGUUUUUACUUGUAAAUUGUAAGCUCUUGUCUUUUAGAUUUUUUUCUAAAAUUAAAAGAUUAGUCCUCUUGAUUCCAUUUUCUUUUUUUUUUCCAAAGUCUUUCUGCGAUAAAUUAGAUUUCUGUAAAUAUUUUACUCAGUAACUUUCUGAAGAGUCUUUUGUAAAAUGAUAAGUAAUUCCUGGCUUUCAAAUCUUGAUUUGUCCACAGUGAAAAAUCUUGACUGGUUCACAGUAAUAUUCAGAAAACCCCAGGUAUAUUAAAUAAAGGCAGGCAUUUACCUUUUGCA